CAGUAUUUAGCAAGAACGGGUGAUAGCGUAAUCGGACAAGUGAUAUUUAGAGGAUCAGAAGGUUAUAGAGUUGACAUAGGUACCGCUACAACCGCCAACCUCGACGCACUCGCUUUCGAAGGUGCAACAAAACGUAACAAGCCAAAUCUAAAGGUUGGUUCACUCGUAUACGCUCGUAUAAGUCUUGCACAUAAGGAUAUGGAAACAGAGUUGGAAUGUCUCAACCCAACUACAGGGAAAGCAGAAGGAUAUGGUGAACUCAAAGGAGGUAUACUGGCUGAUAACCUUGAUAUAAAUAAGUGUAAAUCACUUUUAGAGAAAAAUAGUCCAUUUAUGAACACACUCAUGCAAGGUUUCGGUUUCCCCUUUGAAUUAGCAACAGCAAUGAAUGGCAAAAUUUGGAUAAGCGCACCAUCAACUAGUCAAACUAUAUCUGUUUAUCGUACAAUUAUGAAAGCUGAUAAAGAUGGCCUUGAGUCUCUAAAUGAUGAAUGGUUUGCGGAUAUUGAAGAUUAA